AUUACUUGGGUUGGGAAAGAGGAACGCAGUGUGAGCUUGCAUGUAACGUAACACUGUAACAGGAUGCAUCCAUUGCUGUUGGAAGCAAUCAACAGAAGAAUUAUUGCCAAAAAGAUGAAAAGAAGAAAUAAAAAAAGAAAAUUGAAAGAGAAAUUUUAUGCAACUUGGUUGAGUAUCCCUUCAUUGCUGUUGGGAGCUAGCAAGAGAAGAUUUAUUGCCAAAUGCAGAAAAACAAGACAGAGAAAAAAAAUAGAAUUUGAAAAGAAAUGCUCUGCAGAUUGGUCGAGUCUACCUCCGGGUAUAAUCGAGACUGUUGCUGAAAAACUGACUCUAAUUGAUUGCUUAUCCAUCAGCAAAGUUUGUAGGAGUUGGAAUACCGUUCUUGGUGAAGAAAUUCCUAUUUGGCAAAGGCAUGGGUUUCCUUGGCUUUUGGUGUCAGGUCAGCAAAACAAAGAGAUUAGAACUUGUAUCAGUAUAUUGGAGAAUCGUGUUUGGGAGUUGGAAUUAUCAGAGGCAAAUGGAAAGUAUUGUUGGGGAUCAUUUCAUGAUUGGUUGAUUAUGGUAAAAGAUCUUGACAGUUUCUCUCUUGAAGUUAGCUUGUUGAAUCCAUUUUCAAGAAGGCAAAUUAGUCUUCCUUCAAUAUGGAACUUCUACCACAAGAUGGUGCUGUCUGGGCUUCCAUCUGAGAAUAACUUUAUUUGUAUGCUUCUACACAGCCAGUACCGGGAGCUGGCAUUUUGGGUUCCAGGAGCACAGUCAUGGCAUAAGCAUAAACUAACAGGUCAGCCGACUCAGCCGAUUGAGGAUGCUGUAUUUUGUAAUGGAAGUUUUUAUCUCCUGGGUGAUGGAUUUAACUUAUGGCAAAUUGAUGUUAAAAGUAUCUACUCUAGCAUUAGUGAAGGUUAUGAUGGUUUUGGAACAUUGUCUCAGAUAGAAACAGUGUUUCAUGAAGUAAAAAGGCCCGAGAUAUCUGUGUUUCAAGAGAUAUUACAGAUUUAUGAUGACCAUCAAAUUUUAAGAUAUCUUGUGGAGUCUCGUGGGGAGCUUUUGCUUGUUUGUAGAUAUUUUAGUGCCAAACAAGAUGUGGUGCUUGAGACCUGGAAUUUCGAGGUAUAUUCAUGGGAUUACUGUCAGUCAUCUUGGAAAAAGGUUGAGGAUUUGGGGGAUCAAAUGAUAUUUUUGGGAAAAUGUUGUUCAACAUCCUUCUCUGCCAAGGAACUUGGAGUUGGAGUUAGCAACAGCAUAUAUUUCUGCAAUGAUCCAGCUGCUCCUUGGUGGAAUGAGUGGGAUUCUGAUCAUUUAAAAGGUAUAUCAUAUCGUCUUGGCUUCAAUAAGGCUGAUGGAAGAGACUGGGGCAUUUUCAGGCUUGACAAUAGGAAUGGUGAUCUUUUUCUCUUCCAUGGUGACAUAGACAAUUGGGCAUACACUUGGUUUACUGCACCUUCAUGGUGGUGUUGUAGGAAUAUUCCUGUGAUAGGGAGGAGUUAAUCAUAGUCUAGCAUGUUACAAAUACAUGCUCUGUGCUCUAAUUGUUUUUAUUUUGCGUCUGCCUAGAUUAUUGUCUUUUGAAAGGCAUAUAAUCAAAAUGUUCAAGAGAGUAUUUGGUUGAAAAAUGUUGUGUAAAAAUUAAGAAAUACCAAACACAUGUGGAACUUUUUCUACUUCAGUAGACUUGGCUUAUAUUUUGUA